GUCAGAGUUACCGACGGACGCGAUCAGGUCCAGAGAGGAAGUGUUGGUGGGGAGACGCCAUGGACGUUUCGCUCUGUCUGGUGUUGCUACAGUUGACAGUGGCAUGGAACAGCGGAAGUGGCUUCCCAGUGGAGCAGCCGAAAUACAUCGAGGCUGUAGUGGACGAGUCUGUCACUCUCACCUGCACCUUUACGCACCCGGAAAACUCCUCACUCCGAGACAUUGACAUCAGGUGGAAAGUUCGUAAGAACCACAAGACAGAUAUAUUCAGAUACCUGGAUAACUACACACUCAAAGAUUUCAGAGGCCGGAUCAAGUUCCUGGGUUCGCCACUCAGAGACAAGACGGGCUCCAUCCGCUUACACCGGGUCGAAGAAAGGGACACCAACAUGUACUUCUGCAUUGUGGUGAUCUUGGGGGAAGAGUACACAGGUCCUGGGACCGUCCUGUCAGUUCAAGCACGGACUGGUGACCAUAAGUUCCAGGUGAAGCAAAUGGGAUACCUGGAGGCUGCAGAGAAUGGGUCCGUCAUUCUCCCCUGUUCCUUCACUUACCCGGACACUUAUACACCCCGAGACAUUCAUAUCACUUGGAAAGUUGGUGGCUUUCAUGGUACAAAGAUAUUCAAUUCUUCACAAAACAACACAUUCGGGGAAUACCGAGGCCGGAUCGAGUUCCUGGGCUCCCCACUGCGAAACAAGACGGGCUCCAUCCGCUUAGUUCCAUUGAAAGCAAAUGACUCCAAUUUCUAUUUCUGCCGUGUGACAUGUUUCAAUGUUAGUGAUAAGUCGACUGAAUGGCAAAGCAUCUCAGGGACGUUUCUGUCAGUGAGAGUCUUCACAGCUGGAUCAGCUGACCCCAGGGGCACUCUGACCUGGCUCUACAUCCUUUUGGGGGUCUGUGGGCUAGCACUAUGUGUCGGACUGGUCUUCGGGAUUUGGAUCGUCAAGAGAAAGAGGAGUGCGAAUAUAAAGAAAGAAAACUACAAUCUUGGGCCAGCUGUAAGUGGAGACAAGAAUGUUCGUCAAUGUCAGAAAGAUGGCUCUGGGCUGCCUCAUAAUUAUGACAUGCCUAACAUGGUUGCCACUGAGGGUGAGAGUCCAGAGGGGAUCGUCUACUCGGUCGUACAAGCCAAGGAAAGGCCAAAAACAGUCAGAAGCGUCGCCCAUUCAGAAGAGAAAUGUCUCUACAUGGAUGUUAAAUUCCAGGCUGAGACACAGUAGCCCUUCCAUGUCACCAGGAUAUCUGUCUUCACAAUCUGAAUUAGUCAAUAUAUUAACAAGCACAGUUACUCAGACGUACAUGUAUAAAUAUCACUCACAAGCACGUUACCAGACACCACAUACAAAACAUGAAGAAACAGGACUCAUUGCCCAUGAUGUACUGGCUGGGCACAGGGAUAGACUGCUCCCCAUCUCACUCUGCCCCCUGCCCAACCAUUCAAAAGCACAUUAGAACAGACUUGGAAUCACUGGCUCACAUCAGCUGUGCUCUCAGAACUGAGCCGGCAGCGAACAGCCAGGGAUCAGAGCUUGGGGUAAAACAGUUCCAAGCCAACAACUUGCAUGGUGCCUCUUGCUUCUCCACUCUGGGACUCCAAAACGAGUGUGUAAAAGAUGCAGAAAUACAAUAGGAUAAAGGGAGAGAGCAACUCAGAGACCACAGUUGGUCUGCAAAUAUCCCCCUGAGAGAGAGGGACUGAGAGACACCGGUCAGUGUACAGAUAUCCCCUGAGAGAGAGGGACUGAGAGACACUGGUCAGUGUACAGAUAUCCCAUGAGAGAGAGGGACUGAGAGACACCGGUCAGUGUACAGAUAUCCCCUGAGAGAGAGGGACUGAGAGACACCGGUCAGUGUACAGAUAUCCCAUGAGAGAGAGGGACUGAGAGACACCGGUCAGUGUACAGAUAUCCCCUGAGAGAGAGGGACUGAGAGACACCGGUCAGUGUACAGAUAUCCCCUAAGGGAGAGGGAUUGAGAGACACCGGUCAUUGUACAAAUAUCCCAUGAGAGACACGGUCAGGGUACAGACAUCCCCUGACAGAGAGGGACUGAGAGACACCAGUCAGUGUACCGAAAUGCCCUGAGAGAGAGGGACUGAGAGACACCGGUCAGUGUACAGAUAUCCCCUGAGAGAGAGGGACUGACAGACACUGGUCAGUAUGGAGAUAUCCCCUGAGAGAGAGGGACUGAGAGACACCGGUCAGUGUACAGAUAUACCCUGAGAGAGAGGGACUGAGAGACACCGAUCAGUGUACAGAUAUCCACUGAGAGAGAGGGACUGAGAGACACCGGUCAGUGUACAGAUAUCCACUGAGAGAGAGGGACUGAGAGACACCGGUCAGUGUACAGAUAUACCCUGAGAGAGAGGGACUGAGAGACACCGGUCAGUGUACAGAUAUCCACUGAGAGAGAGGGACUGAGAGACACCGAUCAGUGUACAGAUAUCCACUGAGAGAGAGGGACUGAGAGACACCGGUCAGUGUACAGAUAUACCCUGAGAGAGAGGGACUGAGAGACACCGGUCAGUGCACAGAUAUCCACUGAGAGAGAGGGACUGAGAGACCCGGGCAGUGUGCAGAUAUCUCCCUAUUCACAGAUACCCACCUAUAACAAGACAUUAUGGUGAGGCAAACUAACAAGGGGCUGUUCACUUUCUUCUACACCUUGAACUAAAUAAAUUGGCUGUUACUUCAGAUGGCA